ACUGAAACAAACUUUUUCCAAAAUAAAAGUUUUCUUUGAACUAAACAGCUCAAAUAGAAAAACUCAUUCCCUUGUUAUUAAAACAAUAUUUAAUUUGAAGGUGUUUGUUAUCAAAUAAGCAAAGUCCAAUAACACUUUACUACACUUCAAUAUACAUGGUAUUUCAUUCUUUAUCAUAGUAGUAGCAAGAUUAGCAAAAUUAGAUGCUUUAAUAAAUCCUUAACUUUUCGAACGAUUAAUCUUUCGCUUAAGAUGUAGCCCCUCGCUUUCUACAAUUUCAACACACACACUUAUAAACAUUUCGUCCCUUGAACAGUUCAGUAUGAUGGAGCCCUGCUCAGCUGCUAGAUCGACCAUGGACCUACUGCUGUUACACAGGGUGAUGAUUCGUUCAGCUUGACAUUGUAGAUUCGUGUCCACAAGCUCACCACUUGAUAGUAGGUGCAGUGCUGUUUGCUCAUCCGAGCCACAGAUGCAUAGCGGAGAGGCCACUGCUCUGUCAACUCUGAAGAGAAACGAGUUCAGUAGAUUGUUCUUGUACAUGAGACUCAUAACUAAUACUUCCACUUCGCGGCUCACUCCAAAGGGGAUAGGAAGGGGGUUGCAGGAGACUCUUGGAAUUUCAGACCAUCCUUCUGUCAGUAGUAGGUUUUGUAAGCUCUCUUGCCAAAGAAGCUCUGUGAAUUGCUGCAUCAUUCCUUUAGUGUACUUAUAAAUCUUUUUGGGUAGUAACAGAACUUGUUCUAGAUUUCUCUGGGUUAAGUGACAGGUCUGACCUUCAGUGCUGAAAUGUUCUACUUUCCAUAUUAAGAAUUUCUGCACGUCUCGGAGAUGGAAGAGUACUGUUGGGUUCAUUUCAUCUAGUUGAGUUCUCACGAAGUCAAAAUGAAUGUCGUCUGAGUCAUGGAGAACCUUAAGGUAAUGUUUGAUCGAAAUUACUCUCCCCAUUGUUUGGAGUGGUGGUACACCCAGAAUGACUUCAAGAAUGGCCCCGUGUACAUUGAAAACAACAAAGAUCAAAUGGAACAAAAUUUGGUCACAUCAAUCGAUUGUGAGCACACAUGUGAUAAAACUUUCUAUUCUCUGACGAUUGGCUUGAGUGGCUCCAUAUUUGGUAAGAACAAGGAACAUAAACCAUCACAAAUACUGUGUUAUAAGGUUGCAAGGCAUGUGGAUUUUGUGGGUCAACAAUACACGACAAGGGUGUUUAGACUUCUCAUCUAAACUAAAGUUGAUGAUGUUCAGAGGCUGAACGGAAGUAAAGUGGCAAGGAGAUGAGUAGGGAAAGCACUGUCAUAAUGGCAAGUUUUGAUAGGGACAGAGGAAAGCAGUGAUGCUAUAAUCAAUUUUAUGUCUUAAGAUAGACCAGCAUGGUUGGUUGCUGGUAGAGUUUAUUAUUUCGAAAGAGUGCAUUUCUAUUGACAAGAAUAGUUUGACCACAUAUCCAACGUAUGGCCACAUAACAAAACAUGAUUACUUAUUCUGUACAAUGUUUUUGCCUUCAGCAAAGCUAGGGGAAAACAUCCUCGAAUUGCCAAGCAACGAGUUGCCAACAAGCUUGUCCCCUCACAUCAUGACUCAGUUUAUAUGCCUAAAUAUCAACACGAUCUAUGAACCACCCUGUAGAUGUGGCACCGUGCAGAAAGCACCUUGUCCUUAUAGAUAUAGGUAGCAUACUUGGGCUUUUUAUUUUUAAUGGUACCUAUGUUUCUGAUUUUCUAUGUGUCUCCAACUGUGAUAAUUUCUUAUCCACUUAAUAGAUCUAUUAUUUAUUUACCGUUUCGACAUCAGCAAUGAUUGUGCUUGAAAACCCCCUGUUGGAAGAUACAGUAGUAGAAGAAGAGGGAAGUGGAGAUGAAUCAGUUGACGAUAUGGAGAUAUCAGGUGCUCUGAAAUCUGGUAAAGUCAGUGAAGAAGGUAUGAAGACAAUGACUCACAUCAACAAUGUACCAAAACUGAAGGAAAGAUUGGAAGCCAUUCAAAAGAAGCUACCCUGGAUAGAAAAUCUGGAUGUUACUGUCGAUUUGAAAGUGCCCAUCGAGGAUAUGAAGGCUGUUAUCAAUGACAACUUUAAGCAGGAAAUGCUUUUUUACAAGCAAAGUCAGGUUGGUGCUCAGCAAUCUAUAGCAAGACUCAUAUCCAUGGGAAUAUCCACAGAACGACCAGAGGACUAUUUUGCAGAGAUGGUAAAAUCAGAUGUGCACAUGAAGAGAGUGAAAGAGAAACUGAUAAGUAAACAACUGACCAUGGAACGAACAGAGAAGGUAACGAAAAUGAGGAAAAUGAAGAGAUUAGGAAAGAAAGUGCAACAAGAAGUGUUGAAAAAGAGGGCAGAUGAUAAAAAGGGUAUGAUAGAAAAAGUGAAGAAAAUCAGAAAGGGAAAGGCUGAGCAGGCAGAUGCAGAUGAUUUUGAAAUGAACACCGAGCCAGAGACGAGCAGUGGCAAGAAAGGAAAGGACGAUAUCAACAAAAAGAGGAAAGCAAAGGACUCUAAAUAUGGUUUUGGUGGGAAGAAGAAAAUGGCCAAGAAAAAUACCCAAGAAUCAGCUAAAGACGUUACCACAUUCAGCUCAAGAAUUCAUAGCAAGCCAAAACGCAGUGCUAAGAACGAUAAGAGGAUGGGUGGUGGUAAGCCAAGUGGCAAACCAAGUGGUAAACCCCAGAGACCAGGCAAAACCAAGCGUGCUAACAACAAAAACAGAGCAAGAAAUAAGUGAGGUUUUUGAGAAGAAGUCAUUUUUAUCAGCUGUAAUUUAUUAUUACCCGGUUUUAACUUUUAACUAAUUUAUCAACUGUUUGAUAGAGAGCUUUCGUCAUGAUUUUCACGGACUAUGAAUCAUGAACGGGUUUUAUUUUUAGGAUCUAGUGUGAUGGCGACUAAUUUUAAUUGAACUUGUAAUAUGCAAAUCGCAAAUUUGUCGUGUUAAUUACAAAUAUAUUUAUUUUA